AGUCAUCGAGUGAAUGCGUGAGAAUGGAUUUCCGAACAAGCGAGUUUCUCGCCGUUGAUUACGGUGGAGAUCGACGUUCCACGACAAGACAAGGUUCCAGGGCGACGACCAUGGAACGGAAAAUGUUCGAAAAUCCUUACCACGUCGAGUGUGCGCUGUCUCGGAUUUCUCGGCCGCGACAGAACCAGCUGCGAGUUCACGAAUCCUGGACAAGUGGUUGGUCCAACACCUUAAGAUCCCCGGAAGUCACGGAUCUCCCGCGAAAAGAUGAUGCUUAUACGAGCAAACUUCUCGCGGCGUUGCUCUUUGUUGAGAUGACAGCGGCGGUCGGUAGUACGCUGGGAUUCUUGAAACAAGCGGAUGCGAUCAACAUGCCAUUUUGGCUGACAUUCGGAGCAUUCGCUAUCAGCCUGAUUGUCCUGACUAUAUACAUCACGAUGGGCAGGAAGACGUAUCCAGCGAACGUCCUCGCCUAUAUUUUCUUCCUGUGUGCGAGUCUCAUCGUGCUGAUCCAUGCGAACUUGUCUGGUCAUAUGAAGUUCCACAUCUACAACCUUGAAAUGGCCACUCUCUGCUGUAUGAUUGGAUCUCUGGCCUUCCUCGUCCUGAGCUACUUGCCGUUCUUUCGGGUGACGCGCAAGCAAUUAUUCUAUGCGUUGCCGCCUAUCCUGCUCACCCUGUUCUUCGCUGUGUUAUUGAGCAUGAAACUCUACAGAGAAACACCGUGGUCGUCCUUCGGAAUCGUACCGAUGGCAGCUGCCAUCAUCGUUCCAUCGGCUUUCAUCACAACAAUCAUGAUAAAACAUUACACUCUCUGUGCCUGCUGA